UCCCGGCGGCUGGCUGCCUUUCAAUCUCGCGAGAGGAGCCGCGGCGGCCGUGUCGUGCCUUCCUCCCGUGGGCGAGGCAUGGAGGGCGGCAACGGGGCGCGCGGCGUCGCGUGCGGGGAGAACCUCUUCUCGCUGGAGCUGCUGGUGGAGUCUGCGCGCGUGGAGCCCUGGCUCCUCCCGGGGCCCUCGCCGGCCUCUUCCUCCGCCUCGGCCUGCUCUUGGGGCCCGCACCGCCCCGCGGUGGCCCUCCGCCUGCUGGACUUCCCGACCCUGCUGGUGCGCGCCCCGCAGGCGGCCUUGCCGGGCCCGGUGGUGCCCUUCGGGCGGGGGAAGUCCUGCCUCUUCCGCCUGCGGCCCGAGUCCCUGAGGGAGCUGCUGAGGCGCUCCCCGCUCUACGCGCUGCUGCUGGCGCUGCCGCCCUCCGCGCCGGGCCCCGCGCGCCUCCUGGGCUCGUGCAGCGUCUCCCUGGCCGACGCCGCCGAGGAGCUGCUCCGCCUCCCGCCGGGGCCCUCCGGAGGCCGCGGGGGGCGCUUCCCGCUGAGGGACCUCAUGGGGGACGCCGUGGGAGAGCUGGCCCUCAGCUACCGCCUCAGCAACCUGGGGCCCUGCCCACGGGGCCAUCUGGGCCAAGGCGCCGCCCCGCAGAAGGAGCCCGAGGGAGAGCCCUGCCGCCCGACCUCGCCCGGCAAGAGGCAGCCCAGCCUGGAGCGCAUCCCGGAGGCGGAUGAGGAGCAGGACCUGGCCCCCGAGCCCUUCAGCCUGGGAUCCUCAAGCAGCGGCCACGCGGAGCUGCCUUCCGAUAGGCACGCAGACACAGGCGCCAGUAGCCCCACGGGGGCUCACACAAACAGCCCCACGGGGCCGCGCACAAAGAGCCCCACGGGGCCUCGCUCCAAGAGCCCCACAGGGCUUCGCUCCAAGAGCCACACGAAGGCACAGUCCAAAAGCCCCACCGGGAUACGUCGCAAUAGCCCCACAAGGACACGGCACUCGAGGCCACACUCCAAGAGCCACACAGAGCUGUCCGUAGUGGAGGCAGAUAAUGAGCCAGACAUCGAGGCUAACGUUUUUUGCCCCCCGCCAAUGUACUAUACCCGCCCAUCUGCCAGUCCUGGCCCCUUGCCUCAAUCUACCUCAUCUAUCAUCAUGACCGUGGCCGCUGCUCAGGAAUCCUUUCCAGACGAAGUAGCGGCAUUCCCGUCUGCGGUCCCUCUUGUCAAGGAGGAGCCUGUCCGGGAGGCGGCCCCUGAGACACUAACCGGAGGCGGCCCUGAGCAGCUGAGGCAAAACCUGAACCAACUUCCACUCCUCAACGCCUUGUUGGUGGAGCUGUCUCUGCUGAACAGCCCGUCUCUUGAACCGCAGCUGUCUUCUGUGCACCCUCAGUUGGCGUGGCUGUACCAAAAGAAAGAGGUCACAGAAACACCCGCUCCAUGCGCCAAGACUGUGUGUCCAUGGGCCAAGACUGUGUGUCCCUGCUGCGAAGAGAAGAAAAGUGCUCAUCGCAGAGAAAGAGGGAGGUCAAUAAGUCCCAAGUUAAAAAGAAACCGUAUAGAUCAUUUAAAGUGCGUUUCGCCCUCCCUCCUGGUCCCCCGUCCUAGAAAAACUUCCCCUAAAAUGGCCUAUGCUGAAAGGCUUUGCACAGAGAAAAAUAAUGCCAAGGAAAAUUCUCCACCUAGGAGAAAGCUUACAUAUGGGCUCACAAACACACUGAGACUCCGUCUGCAGCGGUGCAACCCAACUAUGUUGAAAAUUCAUGAAAAACGGGAACAUCGCAGAAAAAAACAAGGAGAGUUAGUUGAAAAGAAAGGGAAAACUUCUUCAGGCAAAGGGAAAAUACAUCAUGGCUCUCCUGAGGUUCAUCCCAAGUCUUCUGUGGACUUCGAUGAAAAAAGCAUCCCUGAUCAAAAAGCUCAAAUUAAUGAAAAUGUUGAGACUUUAAUCCAAAACAGUGUUAACCAAGAUCGUCCUUCUGCAGAAGAAGGUGCUGUUAUUGUGAAGAACAGUGAAGAUGGAAAACAAAAGGUCUCCUGUGAAACAAUUGGAUCUCCUUGUAAAGAAAAUGGUCUGAAAGUCCAUCUGCCAAAAGUCUUUUUACAAGAGAGUGAAGGCCUUGAAAAUAAAAUUGAUACAGACGUGGAAAAGAGCAUAGAGCACAAUAGUGAUAUUUCAUCCAUACAGAACGAUAGCCAAAGUAAUAAGCUGGAAAAUAGCCAUGAAUUUAAGAAUUCAGAUGACAUACAGAUGAACUCUGGCCACACUGCCUAUUCAGAAGAUUUCACCAGUGCUGACAUUUCAGGCCCAGGCUUAGAGUCUCAAGAGAGCAGUCUAGAUUCAUUAAUGGUAAGCCGGGAUGAAGACCACUCUGUCAUGGACUCAGAUUCUAAAAUAUCUGGUAAAACUCACACUGCUGAAAGUAUUUCUCCACCUCUUCCAGUACCUUCUGCCUCUCCCAUCCAGUCUUUUAAAAAGAUGCAUGGUUUAAAAUCUAAUACAAAAAGCACAGGUGUUCUUUUCAACAAGCUUCUUGAUGAGUCUUCUCCUCCAGAAACUGUAAAGGAAGAAAUUGUAUCUCAAAAUUUAGUGGAGGAACGAGGGAGCAGACAGAUACUACAGAAUAAAGAAGUUAGCUCUGAUUUGAACAGUAACAUAACAAACAGCCAGUCUGUGGAAAAGAGUAGCUCAUUAAGGACAUCUCAAGUUAGCUCUUACUUGCCUUCCAAUGUGUCUGAGCUUGAUCUUAGUGGGUUAGAAGAAAGUAAUGCAUCUGAAAAAGAAAAUGAGGGCUUUGCGAUGUUGAAUAUUACUAAUCAGUGUAAGCACAUCAGUGAACUAAUAGUAAAUAAACUUCCAGGAUAUACAAUGUAAUUACCAAUAAUAAUGAUUUGAUCAAAGCAAAAAUGUCUGUAUUUUUUAUUAGCGAGCAUAUUGUAUAAGUAUUUUGGUUAUUGUUUAAAAAUACAGUUUCAACUUUAUAAGAAAGGUGUACUUCCAGUUCUUAAGAUAUAUUAAUAUUAUAUAUAAAGUUAUUAAGAUACUAAGUUAUAAAGAUGCAAGCUUUAAAAUGCUGGACCAUUCUAACAACUAUCAUGUCAGACUACACAGAGAAGCCAUUGAAAUCCACAAGCAUGUGGACAACUUCAACAGAAAGGAAGAAACCAUGAAAAUGAACAAAAUCUGGCUACCAGUAUUAAAAAACUCAAAAAUCAGAACAGUAAAUAAAAAGCAAUACUCUGAAAACAGAGGAUUUCCAGACAUGAAUCAACCUAGGGCAGUUAACGACUCUAAACAAAGGAUGCCCCAGAGGCAGGAAGAAGACAGCAGAUAAGCUUUUCAAUGCUAAUUAAAGUGAUUAACUACACAACAUUCACACUGACCUCUCUUACCCUAGACUUUCCACAGAUAUAUAUUAACCUCUUUGCUUAGUUUUCUCCAUACCUCACAACCUCUGAGGAUGCCUGCCAUAGAUGUGGGCGAAACGUCAGGAGAGAAUGCUUCUGGAACAUGGCCACACAGCCCGAAAGACACACAACAACCAAGCUUUAAAAGUUCCAAAAGAUUUUAUUAAAAUAACUACGUUUCUAUAUAGAAAAUUAGGGCUUAACUAUCUCCCUCUCUAGAGACAUGUUGUCUUUUUCCAUGGCACAGGAGAAGAAAAAAGGGAAAAAUCAGAGGCUUACCACAAGGUCAGAAACUUGAAUAAAGGGGUCUGUCCCUUAGAAGUAUCAAUCUAAUAUCAUAAAGACAUAUAAGGACGAAGAGGGCAGUGGUGGAAAGGGCUUUCCCUAUCAGCUAACUCAUCUGGCUAUCUAUUUCUGUGAUGAGGUCUAUAAAGUUGUGCAGGAUGUGGUUGACUUCCAACAGCUGCCACCUCUUGGUGUGUGCUCUACUUCCCCCUGCUUCAGGUUAGGUCAGCUCUGGCUGCCACUCACCAGAUCCUUGGCAUUGAGAGACACUUUGUUCCACCAUGGAGAGACAAACCCAUCACAAUUUAGGAUCCUGCUGUACAUGUAUUGGUCUCCCCUUGGGUCAAAGAAUUGUUCAAAGCCACAUAGCCUGGGGAGAGAAAUGAGAAUAAAAGUGAGUAUAACACUCACUUGAUCGCAGUGGGAGCAUUAGUGCCCUGAAGACCCCCAUGAAUAUGAAAUAUAUGAAACAUUUUGCCACUAUGGAAAAGCUUUUAAUUGAUUUUCUUUAGUCCUAGCAUUUUAUGGAUAUCCAGGAAUUUUAGAGGUAUUUUAGUUUGAUUGAAUUUUAAUUAUUUAUACAAUGAUUGAUGUUAUGGAGCAUCAUUGUAAAUUCUUUGGUUUUAUAGUCUGUUUUCAUGGAUGGUUUCUGUUACAUUGUAUAUUUUAAUAAUGUUGUGAGACGCCUUGAGUCCGUCAGGAGAAAGACAGCAUAUAAAUUCCUAAAAUAAAUUAAAAAAACAACAUAAGUAUAAAGAGUUGGUAACGAGCAGGCCAAAAGCCUGCAUGAUUAAUUCUAAACAGAUUGUUAGGCUUUGGAUUCUUCACAUUUGCAAUGUCACACUGCUUUUGAAUCUUGGGGAUGUUUCCAAAGUUGUUUUAAUAAUGCUAUGAAGGACAUCUGUUCAGACCUAACAUUCACACUCCAUUUGGAAGUUAUUGGGUGUGCCUAAAGCAGCUCACUGAUUUUCCCCGCCCCUGUACUUUCUAUUUAUUUUUCAGCAUUAAAACAUUUUUAAAGGAGCUUACUGUCUAGUAGAAAAGCAUGUAAACUAGAAUCAUACUUCUAGCUCAGAUGUUUGUAUGCCAUUUAAAUCAAUUAGUAGAACUUAAGCAAAUCAGGCUAGCCGACAGGGAGCUCUGGCAUGGGCUGGUCCAUGAGGUCACGAAGAGUCAGAAGUGACUGAAUGAAUAAACAACAACCAAGCAGACUAAUUGUGCACAAGAUUGCAAUAAGUUCUAAUAGAAUUAAAGCUAUAUCCAGUGAAGUGAGAAUUACACAUAACUUGGUACACUUUAUGAUCAAGUUUUGCACAAAAAACUGUCUAAAUUUCCAUAAUAUAAAGAAAAUGCUUUUGCAUUUGGUUAUAAAUGCUAAUGUCCAUUAUAAUGUCCAAAGUUAACUGUUCUAUAAUGGACCAUCAUAGUCAUUAUAAGGAUGCCUUUAAAUGUGCAUAACAACAGAAAUUUCAACUAGUCAUUUCUAGCAGAGUAAAAGUACUCUAUUAUUUCUAAGUCUGGUAUAUUUUUCAUUUUACUAAUGUUUUGUCUUCAUUUUAGUAUAUGUUUUUAAAUAGAAACUUUAUUCUAAGGCCUCAAUUCAAUGGAUUCACAUGAGUUGUGAAUGGCAUUGGGCUCCAUAACAUACCUUCAACUUUUAUGAUAAUUCUGUUCCAUCACCAAAGCAGAUCCUUUUAGGACUUUAUCACAUCAGCCUGUUGUCUCACAGGAACCACAUUGUUGAAGCAAAUGGAAACAUACUGGUAUUGAAACAAUAACUAUUGCACUUCUCUGCUAUCACUGUGGUGCUGAUUUGUCAAUGCAUAGUUCCAUAAUCACUCUUCUGCACUACAUUAACAUUAUUGUCCUGCAGCCAGCACAUGCUCACUUGACUAAUUUAUUUUUCCCCUGCUCGCACAGUUACAGUAAAGCAAUGAAACAAAACAAGUAGAAAGGAAAAAAUGAGUGAAAAUGAUUUCACCCUGCUUGGGAAUAGUGAGGAGGAGAAUCAUAACCACUCUUGCUCUGUGCCUGCUGGAAUAUCACAUCUUCAGCAGAAAGGACUUCGUUGUACAUGUUCAAAUAAUCUCAGAUGGGAUUUCUUCAUCUUGGCAAUAGAAGCAACUCUGAAGAUGCAUUGUUUGGAAUCUUGUCCUUCAGGGUAACACACAUUUACCACCUGAGCAUCUACAUUUCCAUAGUAUGCAGAGUUUGUUUGAUGGCCUUAGUGGUCAGCCAGCACUCAGUGGCAUAUAGAGUGACUGGCCUCACACCCAGCCUGUAGAUUUUUUAUUUCAGGCAGAUUGGGAUCUUAUCACACAUGACUGUUGUUGCGCUUCACUUCAUCCAUGCGGCAUUUACACGCCCGUGAGCAUCUGACAGUAUAUCACUGGUGGAGGUGAUCUUUGAGCGAAAGUAUUUAAAGCUGGUCAUAUUGUUGAGGUCAGUACCAUUGAUAAUAAUGGAACCUUCCUCUGCUGUUAAUCCACGUUCCAUGUACACAGUUUUUGAGAUUUUGACCCGUAGUCCAAAAUGUUGCAGAUGAUUUUUCCAUAGUUGCGCUUGAGUCUGUAACUCAACAUUGUCGGCAUACAGUAGUGUCCAAGGAUGCAGUUUUUGUAGGUUUCUGGUGAUUAUGUCCAUGCAUAUGAACAGCAACAGUGACAGCUGAUCCUUGAUGGACUCUGAUCCAAACAGGGAAGGGCUCGUUGAUUCCUGCCGCACAUCUUACCACACUUGUUGGAUUUGCAUUACAGCACCUUUGUCCAUUGUAUGUAUUCUUCCAGUACUCUGAUCUCAACGCCAUCCAGAUAAGAUCAUGUGAAACUCGGUCAGGUCCCUUCUUGACAUCUAGAAAUGUGGUGUAGAUGUAAGGUUUAAAGAAUGUGACUUAUCCAAAGUGACUAAGUGGGUUUCUGUGUCUGAGUAGGUAUGGAAACUGGUCUCCCAAUAUCCUAGUUUCAUGCACCACUGCACCAUGUGGCCUCACUCUCCAUGCUGGCUCUGAAUCUUAAGUAAGACUUGAUCAUUAUAACAUUGCAACAACAUUACCUGCUAGCAGGCCAUUGAUGUUUAUGAAAGAAGUCCUGCUUCAUGCGUUUCUGAGGUUUAGAUGGCAAAUUUACCUUGACAGAACUAAUGAAAAGAUGGGAAAUGUGUAAGUAGCUCCAAUAUACUCUGAUAAAUGUCAGGAGAGUGCUUCUGGAACCUGGCCAUACAGCCAGGAAAACUCACAGCAGCCCAGCUCUGAUAUACUGUAUACUGUAUAUACUGGUGAAAAUGGGAAAGGGGCACUUUUCCCCCUUGGCAGCCAUCUUGGAGUACAGAAGAAUAUUUUCAACAUCACGACCAGGAGAGGUGUCUCCUCUUGAAACUGACUAUAUUGGUCGAUAAAAGGAGCUUUCUCAUCUGGAGGCAAAGAGUUAUGUGCACAUGCCUUUUUCUCAUUCAAAGCAUAUUUAAAUCUUUAUACAUGCAGGACUUGAAACUGCUGAUACAAAAAAUGCAAAAAGAGCCAUAAUGAUCAUUUGAAGUCUUUGGCAUGUCAGCCAAAGGUUUACUUUACAUUUCUCCAACCCAUACAUUGUAAUUCUAGUUAGAGCCCUUCACAUUUGCAUACAAGUAGAAAAGGAAGACACUCCAGCCUCAUGCUGUCUUGCUUGGCCCUAAGUUUAACUUCAGAGCUAUUUCAGAGUGUGACUUCAGUUGCCAUUUGUCAGCUUUGGCUUCUACUGUACUAUUGUAAACAUUUUAAAACAUUUUAGCUGGUUUGCUAAAAGUCAGAUAUUAUAUGUGGUAGUGACUGUAUACAUUCAUCUUACCCUGAGAUAACAAGUCAAUUCUGGAAACAUUUGUGCAGCAAAUAUCAAGGCUGAAUGACUCAGAUGAACAGGUAGGUCUUCAGUUCAUUCUUGUCCAUUUCUAUCUGGCGCACCCUUGAAUCUAUACAAGAGAUGGUUAGUUUGGCAUCAAAUGUAUGUGUGAUAGUUAUUUGGUAAUCAGUAAGUAAAAUAAUGUAAACAUACAUAUAUAAAGUUAUAGGUUCUUCACCUUUUAAGUAAGUGGAACAGCAGGAAUCUUAAGUAACUGCAAAAAAAGCAAGCUGCUAAUUAAUGACAUGAACAGGAGCAUUUUUAAUGAUAAAUGUGUAUCAGUUUUCCUAAUACAGUGUUCCCUCACUUAUUACGGGGGUUAGGUUCCAGGACCACCUGCAGUAAGUGAAAAUCCGCAAAGUAGGGACGCUAUAUAUUUAUACAUUAUUUUAGUAGUAAUACACUAUUUUAAGUAUCAACUAAUCGUGUGUUGAUAAAUCACCUCCUUCUCCUGUUGCCACUUGGGCUUCUUUUCUCUCCCUUUGGCUUUUCCUUCCUUAGGCUGUAAAUUGUAUUUUUUUUAUUAUUUAUAAUAUUCUUUUAGAGUUCAUUGAUAAACCGCAAAACAGCGAAUCCACAAAAGGUGAACCGCGAAAUAGUGAGGGAACACUGUAAUAAUUGUAUUUCUGUAAUAGAAAAUUAUUGAUAUGCAUACAAUCCUGUACUUCUGUAGGAGAAUAUCUCACUAACCUUACAAAAUAGACAUGAAUAGAAUUGACUACCACCACUUAUUAUUACCAAUACCAUUGCAUUAAUUUUAUCCCUCCUUUUCCCCAAAGCUGGAAGACAUUGCUGUGGUUUAUACAUUUUUAAAGCCAGAUUUUGAAUAUUUUUUCUGAUUAAAAAUAUACACAUAUA